CAGAAAUUUUCUCACGAGGGUGUCUGGGUUGGUUUGCACACCAAACCGCUGGUGAAUGUGAGUAUGUGGUGAAAUGUGUCAUUAGUGUUUUUAAGCAAUGUUUUAAGAGCAUUUUUAUUCUGAGGAAGUGGUGAUAAAUGAACGCGUCCACUACUGAAAGUGUCCUCAUCCUCUUAUAAACAUGUUGAGAAAACUUUUGCUGGUCUUGAUGCCUUGCAUAAUUUUCAUGACGCGGAGAUCAAAGGCAGCGCCCAGCGCGAGCAAAACUUUGAUCUGGGGUCCUGGACUGGAAACAAACAUCGUCCUUCCUGCUCGGUUCUUCUUCAUACAGACAGUGGACUCCACCGGAAGAAAUUUCACAACUUCUCCUGGAGAGAAAACAUUUGAAGUGAAGAUUACAUCUCCAACAGACCCGUAUGCCAGAAUCUGGAUCCAGAUUUUAGACAGGAAUGACGGAUCCUUUUUGGUUCGGUACCGCAUGUACGCCAGUUACACAGAUCUGCACAUUCAGAUUCUCUUGAAAGACAAGCUGGUGGCAAAUUCACCAUAUGUGCUCAAAGGUGCAGUGUAUCACGAAUCAUGUGACUGCCCAGAGCCCAGUGGUGCAUUAUGGGAAAAAAACAUGCACUGCCCGGCCUCUUUCUCUCAGAUAGAGAGUGAUUUAUCUGUCUUUCCCAGUGUGGAUCCAGACCAUAAUACCCAUGAGAUCCUUAAGCGCUUUGGAAAGAGACACAGCCUGUGUCACUACACCAUUAAAAACAACCAGGUUUAUAUAAAAACACAUGGAGAACAUGUCGGAUUCAGAAUCUUCAUGGAUGCCUUCCUUCUGUCCCUCACACGUAAAGUCAAGCUUCCAGACAUUGAGUUUUUUGUUAAUUUGGGGGACUGGCCCCUGGAGAAGAGACAGGCGUCUGAGAAGCCCAGCCCAAUCUUUUCAUGGUGUGGAUCCAAUGAUACACAAGACAUUGUCAUGCCGACAUAUGACUUGACUGAGUCUGUAUUGGAGACUAUGGGCAGAGUGAGUCUGGACAUGAUGUCUGUUCAGGGACACACAGGUUCAGUGUGGGAACAGAAGAUCAGCAAAGCAUUUUGGAGAGGUCGAGACAGCAGGAAAGAGCGUCUUGAGCUGGUUAAACUGGCGAGGGCCAACCCUGACAUGCUUGAUGCCGCCUUAACCAACUUCUUCUUUUUCAAGCAUGAUGAGAGCCUUUAUGGGCCCCUUGUCAAACAUGUGUCCUUUUUUGACUUUUUCAAGUAUAAGUACCAGAUAAAUGUUGACGGGACAGUAGCAGCGUACAGGCUGCCUUAUCUGCUUGCAGGAGACAGUGUGGUGUUCAAACAUGACUCCAUCUAUUAUGAGCACUUUUACAAGCAGCUCCAGCCGUGGGUGCACUACAUCCCCUUCAAAGCUGAUCUCAGUGACCUACUGGAGAAGAUCCAGUGGGCUAGAGACCAUGAUGAGGAGGCAAAGCGAAUAGCCCUGGCAGGUCAGCAGUUUGCACGAACUCAUCUGAUGGGUGACAGUAUAUUCUGUUACUACUUCAAACUCUUUCAGAAGUACGCUGAACUGCAGGUCACUGAGCCCAAGGUUCGAGAUGGCAUGGAGCUGGUGGAACAGCCAAAGGAUGAACUUUUCCCAUGUUAUUGUGCAAGAAAAAAGGUCAGAGAUGAGCUGUGAGAGACCACAUGUUGUGUUAUGUAACAGCAGCCAUCACCGAGACCCCAGACUUGAUGCAUUAAGUGUCUUGUGACUGCAAUGUCUUAACUGAAUGUUUCUCUUUUUGUAUUAAAUCUGUGUUUCUACAUU